ACAGAUAAAAACAGGAUAUUUCGUGGUAGAACUAGGUAAUGGAGUUGUUCAAGCAAGCAAAACCAUACUUAGCAGUCAUAUUCAUGCAGUUUGGCUAUGCAGGUUCCGCUAUUAUUUCCAAGUCUGCUCUAAACAAAGGAAUGAGCCACUAUGCAUUUGCUAUUUAUAGAAACCUCUUUGCUGCAGCUGUAUUUGCUCCUUUUGCCGUUGUCUUAGAGAGGAAAGUGAGGCCAAGAAUGACGAUCUCUGUUCUAUGGAAGAUAAUAUUACUGGGAUUGUUGGAGCCCGUUAUUGACCAGAACUUGUACUAUGCAGCAAUGAAAUACACAACAGCAACAUUUGCCGUCUCCAUGACAAACAUGCUUCCCGCCCUGACCUUUUUAUUGGCUUGGAUUUUAAGGUUCCACUGGAUUAUCUUUUUAAGACUACACAGCCAGAUAAAAAUUGCUGGAACAAUAAUCACUGUUGGGGGAGCUAUGAUCAUGACCCUGGUCAGAGGGCCCGCCAUUAAUUUGCCGUGGACCAGAGCCGAUGCAAACGUCCAAUCUCCAGCUGCUGCGAACCCACAGGAUCCCAUCAAAGGGGCUCUCAUGAUAUCAGCAGGUUGCUUUUGUUGGGCUAGCUUUCACAUCCUUCAGGCCAUGACAGUGAAAUCAUACCCUGCUUGCCUCUCACUCACGAGUAUGAUAUGCACGGCAGGAGCUCUUCAGGGCACUAUAGUAACCUUAGUUGCCGAAAGGGGCAAUCCCAGCGUCUGGUCUAUCCAUUUUGACACUAUCCUCUUGUCUUAUGUUUACUCUGGAGUGGUCACUUCAGGAGUUGGUUAUUGUAUUUCUGGAAUCAUAAUGAGGGCUAAAGGGCCUGUUUUUGUCACUGCAUUUAGUCCUCUAAGCAUGGUUAUUGUGGCUUUCAUGAGCACAUUCAUUUUAGCUGAGCGAUUAACUUUCGGAAGGGUUUUUGGUGCCAUUAGCAUCGUAACAGGGCUAUACUUGGUGAUAUGGGGCAAGUGCAAGGACCAAAUUUCACCAUCUAAAUCGACCAAUGUUGAUGAGACAGACCCCAUUGAUGAACAAUUACCCGACAAAAAUCUCACAACAAAAUCCUCAAAUGAUGAGAAAAAUGAUGCAACCAAAGGAGAUAUUGCUGGAGGAGACAAUGCUGUAUGAUAUGCAGAGCAAUAUAAAUAAAGUUAGGCAAGUGAUGAAUAAAUUAAUGCUGGGAAUUUGGAACAAGGAUUAAGUGUAGCAAACGAAGGGGAAUAUUCUUCUACAAUAUUUUUAAUCUAGCUGAUUUGGAGCUUGUACUUAAUUGCAA